UUUUUUUUUUUUUUUCCCCAACACAAUACAAUACAUAUGUUCUAAUUCCCAAAAUUUAACAAUAUAUUUCUCCCCUUUUCACUUAUAACAAAAAAAUGGACUUAUUUUUCGGACACUACCUUAACAAAUUGGGCUUUAGUUACAACGAAGAAAACCUCAACUAAAAUUUUGGGCUUUAUCAGUCCUCAACCCAAACCCUAGAUCACUCCAUCACCUUUCUCCAUUUAUAUAUAUACUAAACCUCUCCCCACAUUUCAUUGUUCGCUCUCUCGCCCGCCGCCGCCGUCGCAUUUUUGUUCUCCGACGUCGUCGUUUUACCUCAUCGGAAUCCACCAUGGUUGCCGCCAAGAAGACCAAGAAGACUCAUGAGAGUAUUAACAAUAGGUUGGCUCUUGUCAUGAAGAGCGGGAAGUUUACAUUGGGAUACAAAACUGUUCUCAAGACUAUUAGAAGCUCCAAAGCAAAACUUGUUAUCAUUGCCAACAACUGUCCUCCUAUUAGGAAGUCCGAGAUAGAGUACUAUGCUAUGUUGGCAAAGGUUGGAGUUCACCACUACAAUGGAAACAACGUAGAUUUGGGAACUGCCUGUGGUAAAUACUACAGAGUGUGUUGCCUCAGCAUCAUUGACCCAGGCGAUUCUGAUAUUAUUAAGAGCUUGCCUUCGGACCAGUGAGAGGUGGUGCUUGAUUUGAUGCUGUUUUGGAUCUUAUUCGAAAGUUGCCCAUUGUUAUCUUUGAAUCUACUAUGUAGAUUUAUCAAUGAGUUUGGCAACUUCAUUUAUCACUUGGAAGAAAGUUUUGAUGAUGUUGAAUCUAAUUUAACAAUUUUUCUGAGUUAUCUUUCAAUCUACUUUGUAGACUUUAA